AUGGCCUUCCACUACUGCUUACUUGGGGUGCUUAUGCCACUCUCAUUGCUAAUUGCACAAGCAGCUGCAAUAACAGAAGGACCUCAAUUAGCCCUCCCUCACUGCCCUUACCACUGUGGUAACCUCGCAAUUCCAUACCCAUUUGGCAUGGGUGAAGGCUGUUACCUCCGACCAGAAUUCAACAUCACUUGUGAUCAAUCCACCCAACCGCCGUCAGCCCACUGGACUGGCGGUACGAACAGGAUUACCAACUUUUCUGUCGCUGAUGGCGAGUUGCAAAUAAUGCUAGACGUAGCCAAGGAUUGUUAUGACAAUUCGGGUGAGGAGACAGAGGACAGCCUCCCUACUUGGCUACAGCUGCCUCCUCCUUACAGCAUGUCCCAUACAAAAAACAAUUUCACCACAGUAGGUUGUGACACUAUAGGAAUCUUUUUAGGUGAGCUCUCAGGGGAUGGAGGCCCAAAGAAAGAAAGGGUCAAAGUCGGCAACAGCGUCACCUUCUGUGAUGAUAUUCUUGGCGACGCACUUCCAGACUCUUGCGCUGGAAUUGGCUGUUCCCAAGCUUCCAUCCCUGGUGGACUGCGAAACAUUUCCACUUAUCUUCAAAGUCUGACCGUCGGCAAUCGAACGGGGAUUUAUAAUUGGUGGUACGCUAAAUACCCUUGCAGCUAUGCCUUCAUUGUGGAACAAGGUACCUUCUCAUUCAACCCCAAAACAACUUUUGAAGAACUCAACAACUCAGGGCUGCUUCCAGCCGUUCUGAAUUGGGCAGUUGAGGGUGAGUCAUGUGAUGCAGCUAAACAGAACCCCAACUUUCCAUGCAAGGAAAAUGCCAAGUGUGUCGAACGGACGACCAUCGGUGGUCCGCCUGCUUACAUCUGCCAGUGCUCGUCAGGUUAUCGAGGGAACCCGUACCUCCCAGAUGGUUGCCAAGAUAUUGAUGAGUGCAAGGAGUCAAACCCUUGCAGUAUUGGAACGUGCGAAAAUUUUCCUGGAGAAUAUUCUUGUAAAUGUCCCGAAGGGUACAAAAACGACGGCAAGAAUCAAAAGAGUUGCAUCAAACACAAACACAAUCCCAUUCACUUAUGUGCAGGUGUCACUACUGCAGGCCUCUUGGUUUUACUAAUUGGAAUUUCAUGGAUAUAUUGGGGAAUGCAUAGAAGAAGGCUCAUGAAACUCAAAGAAAAAUACUUUAAAGAAAAUGGUGGCUUAUUGUUACAACAACAACUUGCUAGUCAAGGAAGUUCCAUGGAGACAACCAAAAUUUUUGCCGCAGAAGAACUUGAAAAGGCCACUGACAAUUACCAUGAAAGUAGAGUGGUUGGUGAAGGGGGUUAUGGAAUAGUUUACAAAGGAAUACUUGCAGAUAACAAAGUGGUUGCCAUAAAGAAGUCAAAAGUUGUCAUUCCAGCUCAGAAAGAGCAGUUUGUAAAUGAGGUGAUUGUUCUUUCUCAAAUCAAUCAUAGAAAUGUAGUGAGGCUUCUAGGUUGCUGUUUAGAGACACCGGUGCCUUUACUAGUUUAUGAAUACAUCACCAAUGGCACUCUUUUUCAUCGCAUUCAUGGUAAAAAGAGCGAAGGGUCAUCACUUUCAUGGGAAUUAAGAUUGAAGAUUGCCGCAGAAACUGCAGGAGCAUUAGCAUACUUACACUCCUCUACUGCUACACCAAUCAUACAUCGAGAUGUGAAAGCAAUAAAUAUACUGUUAGAUGGAAAUUACAUGGCAAAAGUGUCGGAUUUUGGUGCUUCGCGCUUAGUUCCUAUGGAUCAAACUCAAGUAACAACUCUAGUGCAAGGGACACGCGGAUACUUAGAUCCUGAAUACCUCCAUUCAAACCAACUAACACAAAAGAGUGAUGUCUAUAGUUUUGGAGUUGUCCUGAUGGAGCUACUAACAAGCAAAUUAGCGUUUUCUUUUGCCAGGCCUGAGUCAGAGAGAAACCUAGCAAGCUUCUUUGUUUGUUCAAUGGAGGAAGAUGGCUUGAACCGAAUUUGGGACGAUACCCUAUUCGGUGAAGGAAAUAUUGAGACCCUAAAAAAUGUAGCGAAUCUCGCCAAAAGAUGUGUCAGUUUAAAAGGGGAGGAGAGACCUACCAUGAAAGAGGCAGCCUCAGAGCUAGAGGGGAUGAGAAUAAUGGCAAAGCAUCCGUGGAAAAGUUCUAAUUUCUGUCCUGAAGAGACUGUUCACUUGCUCGGGUCACCUUCAAACACGAAUUUUGUGGAUGUUAGGGGCGAUUGUGGUUCUAGUGGGCAUGACAGCAUGCAAAUCCAAAUGUUGAUGUCAUAUAAUGAUGGGAGAUAGUUAAAACGUGAUGCAGUGACGGAUGUAAAUAUUGUAGGAACUAUAUGAACCAAGGUUAGAAUAGAAGUAAUGU